GGCUUUUUCUAUUCCGGUUCCCACUUCCAAAUCCUCAACGAUUCUCCCUCCAGCACCAAGUUCUUUUCCCUAGCAACAGCUCGGUUGCAUAGCAAAGAUGGACAACUGGAAUAGCGCGGAGUGGAAUGAAGACGGUCGUGACACUGGUUAUGGCAAUGACGAAAAUGCCAGACCUGGUGAUUUCAACUCUGCUCCUUACGGUGGCAAUGACUAUGACCGCGCGUCUGCUGCCGACGGACAGGACGAUAACAGAUGUCGCAA